AUGAAGCAUCAUUUGGAUGAAGAAGAUCCUGAUGUUUCUAAAAAACGCAAUGAGUCUUAUACUAGAAAUAGAGAGCUUACUACAGUUGUAGCAUUUAAUCUGCCUAAAAGUUACAAUCAGGGUAAAGUUCGUAGGUUAUUUAGGGAUUGUGGUGUGAUCUCACAUAUUGAUGUCUGUGAAUCCGCAGAUAAGAAUUACAGAUUGGCAAGAGUUGAGUUUACCAGAUAUGAUGAGGCUCUUUCGGCAUUGACUAAAUCCCAUAAGCAAAUCGGUAAUAAUGAAAUUGAAGUAACGAUGUUAGAAAAUAGCACGUUAUGGAUAACCAAUUUUCCUCCCAGGUUUAACCAUCGAGAAAUUAGAGCUUUGUUUAACUCAAUUGGUGUUACAGUUUUAAGCGUACGAUUGCCUUCCCUACGGUAUAAUGCCAAUAGACGUUUCGCAUACGUUGACGUUUCCAGAACACAAGAAGUGGAAAAGGCUCUAACGCUUUUGAACUCAAAAGAAGUUGAAGGGUAUACUCUAGUUAUUAAACAAUCUAAUCCUUUGGAAAAGACAAAACGUACUGACGCUAGUGUCUGGGAAAGAAGAGAGAUUCUGAUACGACAUUUGGAUUCCAAUAAGGUAACAGAAGAUAGCUUGAGACAACAUUACUCGAAGUAUGGAAAGAUUGAACAUAUAAAAAUUCCCAAGAAAUACGGGUCUGACGUUGUGAACACAUACGCAUUCAUAUCCUUUAGUGAUCAAAACGCGGCGCAUCAGGCUUUAGAAACUAAUGGGACACAAUUUGAAGGUAAUGAAAUUAGUGUGACCUUGGCUGAUAGGAAGGCAUAUUUGGAAAGGCAGGACGUUAAAAAAUUACUCAACAAGACUCAUCCAAAAGAUAGUGAUCAUAUAGUAUCAUUAUUUCCCCUCAGCGACAAAGUGAACAAAAUACAUAUUCAGCAAUUAUUGCAAGAGAGAGCAUCUAUAAAUGAAAACGAUAUCAGGAAAAUAUACCUAAUAACUGACCUACAUGGAAGUUUAAUCAUCUUAAAAGAUCAGAAGAUCGCUGCAAAAUGUUCGCUAGCACUAAAUGGUAUAUCUUUCCAGAAUUCAACAAUACAAUGUGGUACUAUUUCUGAUCUGCGUAAUAGCACCAAGAAACCGAAGAAUCAGGAGUAUAAGCAACAAGAAGGCGAAGGAUUGUUUCAUUUGCCUGAACACCAGCCUACAAAAAAACAACUUUCAAACGACGAUUUUCGUAAAAUGUUUCUAGGGAAAUAG